AUGGCCGGAGCGACAGCUGCUGUGAACAACGAAGAUCUUUCUCCUACUCUUAAUACCUCCCAAAUGUCAAGAUUUGAGAAAGAAAUCAUCGAGGACUCAUUUGCACUCGCCCUGGACUAUAUUUCCUAUCGGCUAAGAAACAAAUUUGAGCAGAACAAACUUGGUGGUUUACCUCGUCAGUUUCUUAUUCCUCAGACACCGACGAGCACAUCGUCAAGUACUCUACGAAAACUGGCCACUAUUAUGGAGGCAGAACACCCCGACUUAUUCGAAUCAUUGUGUACUACGUUAGGAAUAACACCAGUUUCAGCUCAUCCUACGUUUGUUGGAGUCGCGCAAGAGAUUUUUCAAGCCGGAAUCAAUUGGGGAAGAAUAGUGUCGUUGUUCACGUUCGGAGGCGUAGUGGCUCAUCACUUCGUAGAGACGCAACGACCAGAAAUGGUCCAACACAUCCUCGAAUGGAUUGUGUCAUUUAUCGCUGACAAUUUACUAACGUGGAUCAGGGAAAACGGUGGCUGGGUGAGUUUAAUCCUUGUAUUUUUUUAAAAAAUUGUAUUGGUUUGGUAUUUUUUAUAUUAUUUUAAAUGUUUUUUGGUUAUUUUUCUCUUUAUCUUGCCUACCAGCUGUACGUGUCGUAGUAAUUUGCUGAAUGCAAAUUUCAGUCUGUAUUUACAUUGGUUUGUGAGUCACAUUCAUUUAUCUCGUCGAUAUUUCGUUUGUUUUCCUGUCUCGAAAGUAGGGUCGUCCUUCAUUUUGAUGCAAAUUCAAGAAAUAUUAUUUAAUCGUGAGGCAUUUUUGGUGGGUGUUAGAAGUGUAAACAUGUAAAAUGAAAAUUUCGUUCUAUCAGCAGGAUACUUUUUAUACCUUGCUGUUUUUUCUCUUUGUAAAUAAUUUUCUGUGGUUGCUUUUACUGGGAAGCUAAAACUGCUUCAUGUCCUGAAUAAAAAUGCACAAGCACAUUGUUGUUUAUGUGGCUAUAAACGUGAAAAAUCAUGGAGGUUUUUUUUUAUUUCCGGUUGUCAAGUGUGGAUGUUUCGGGUAGAUUGCCUGUAGGAUUGAUUAUCAUUCAUACAUAUUUGAUCAGGCUUCAGAAUUCAGGUUUUAGUUACGUAACGAUAUACAAUUUUGUAUUAUCGUCUCUUAAAUGGCACUUCAAAAUUUUAGAGGGCUAAAUAAUAAUUUGUUUUGUUUAUGUUUUUUGCCUCUCUUCAUUUGAUUUUCCUUGAAAAUGAUUAGUCUUAUAAAUAUGUAAACAAUACGAAAAUGUUCAACAUUCCUUAAGUACACUAAGUUGGGGCAAGGUAAUUUUACAAAUUGUUUUUCUUGAAUCUCUGUUAUGAUUUGUUGAGUUUAACUAAUCCUGGAAACUGCCAAAAUUCAGUGUGAAAGACAUGACAGCUUUAACACCCAAGGUGUCAAGGAAGGUGUUACUCACCUAGUGAUUCAACACAUCAGCAUGGUAGUUAGAGUCUAGGCAAUGAUGUUGACUCCAACCAAAACAUCACUCAUGAAGUGGUUUCUUUUUGGCAAACAUUGUCAUUAUCGUUGCAGCAUCCUGGGAUGGUGUGGAUCAGAAUCAGUGAUCCGAGAUCACUCAGAUCAUGGUAGAUCAAAUGAACCAAUGAAUCCUUGUAUCCUUGUCCAGAGUGGAUUCAUUGGUUUAUUUGAUCUACCAUGAUCCCAGUGAUCUUGGAUCACUGAUCCUGAUCCUGAUCAUCUCAAAGGAACGCACCCUAAGGCCACUUGUUCGGAAUUUAGAAAAUUGAAAGGCCUGUGACAUUUCGAUUUCAUUGACCUAGCAAGCUGAGCCUGUUCUUGUAUUGUUUUUAGAUGACGUUACGCUUAAAAGGCGUCUAUGGUGGUUUAAUAGCGGGAUUUUAAAAGGUUUUUGUGCUUUACUGAAGGAAAGUUUCAAGUAGUGUAUACAGUUACAGUACAUGAUAUCGAUAUUCCAGUUGUUUAUUGAGGAAAACAGUUCGACAAGUGCGAAAGCAAUGUAUGUUAUAUUUGUCAUAACAGCCCUUAAUUCAUGAAAUUUGAUGCUGCCCCGGUAAUACAUCCACCUCAUUAAUACGUCCAUUUUUUUACCCACUGGUGGCUGUAUUAACGGGGUUCCAUUGUAUACAGAAAAUUGUUGGUGGUGAAAUGAAGAAAGCUUUGAGAUACAUGUAGUGGGAGGUUCAUGUUGUCGAAGGUUUGAGUUACCAAGGGUAAAAUUACAGUAAAUGUAUGACUGAAACCCAGGGAAAAUUGAUUUUGGUUUAAGUUAGCGCAUGCUGUGAGUUUGUGAGGGCUUAAGUUAACAGAAGUUGACUGUACUUUGAAGUUUUUAUCUCAUCUUACAUUGUAAUCCAACGACAAUUUACUUUGUGUGUACAGUAUUGAAAGGCCAAUCUACUUGAUCCAUUUUCAUCCUCUGAAAACUGAUGAAUCAUAUUAUAAACAACUUUAAACAUUAUGUAUGGCUUUUUAAUGUAGUUAACAAGCAUUGCUUUGUUUCCUUUUUGACAGGAUGGGUUUGUUGCCCACUUUUCGGAAUCUUCGCAAUCACAGACAAUGUGGAAAAGCUUAUUCACAGUGGGAAGUAUUUGUGCUGCUGGCUUAACUCUGCUGGCCUUAAACAAGUGA